AUGUCACAACGAACGAGCGUCAAGGCCAACGGCAGUACCGACAAGGCCAUGACGAAGGAUAAACCUGCCGAAUCACCGCAGGAUAAGCAGGUCAGGCUGCUUGCUGAAGAUGCGGGCCACUUUUCGAUGAUCAGGGCGCUGCAUCUCGCCGAUCUGAUCACGGAACUCAAUGGUUUCUGUGGCAUCAUGUCAGUCUUUUCGUCUCUACGCUACUGCCUCGGCGACCCGCAGGACUUUUCGAACAUAUGGCUUGCCCUCGUAUUCACGCCGUUCGGGUUAUUCUUCGAUUUCAUGGACGGAAAGGUCGCAAGAUGGAGGAAGAAAGCUAGCUUGAUGGGCCAGGAACUGGAUUCGCUUGCGGACCUGAUAUCAUUUGGAGUCGCCCCUGCCUGCGCCGCUUUUGCCCUUGGUCUCCGCACGCCUCUCGAUCAUGUGCUCCUCUCCUUCUUCGUCCUAUGUGGGCUCACACGCCUUGCGCGCUUCAAUGUCACCGUUUCGGCGCUGCCCAAAGAUGCUACAGGAAAAAGCAAGUACUUUGAGGGCACUCCGAUUCCUACGUCAAUACUGGUCGAGGAUGCUAUGAUGGCCGUAUGGGUGUACAAGGGCUGGGUCUUGGACAACAUUCCUUUCGGAACGUGGUAUGCAGGCACGGCGUUUGAGUUUCACCCCAUUGCAUUCGUAUUCGUUCUGCACGGGUGUUUGAUGGUUAGUAAAACUCUGCACGUGCCGAAGCCAUAA